UCUCGCUGCAUCAAACCCAUUAGCAUUCCUGGUAACUCCCUUGACGCAGAGCACUAACACCAUGGCUUCCGGAUUAGCACGCAAGUAUGAAAUCAACGCCGACAUGGGCGAGGGCUUCGGCCGCUGGAGAAUGGGACCGGACGAGGAGUUAAUGCCGCUCAUCGAUGCUGCCAAUAUCGCAUGCGGAUUCCACGCUGGUGAUCCAACAAUCAUGCUCAAGACGAUUCGUCUCUGCAAGCAGCACGGGAUCGAGGUGGACCCGAAGGACAUGUACGCCCUGGUUCUGUACCAGGUGGGCGCACUGAAAGCCAUGUUAGAUGCCGAGGGUGUACCUCUUUCCCACAUUAAACCGCACGGAGAGCUGUUCUUCUACAUGCAGAGAGACGAAACCAUCAUGAGGGCGGUGCUAGAGGGGUGUGCGACAUUUAAAGUCCCCGUCUACGCCUCAAAGAAUGAGCGACAGGAGGCGAUGUGCAGGGAGCUGGGCAUUCCGUUCCAGGGCGAGAUCUAUGUCGAUAUCGACUACUCGCCGGACGCAAGACUGCUCCCCGUCGCUCAGUCGAAAGUUGCCACGCCUGAGCUAUGCUACGAACGAGCUAUUUCCGCUGCGAUAACAGAUACGGGCAAGGAUAUCAACGAUAAUAGAUUCCAGUUUGGCUUCCAGGGGAAGCCUUUCAGUAUUUGCGUCCACUCGGAUUCGCCGACCGUGCUGCAGAACGUGACGGGAGUUCGCAAGGCUGUCGACGAGGCCAACCAUCAACGAUUUCCCGACGAGACGAAAGCUGCACGCUCUUGGAACUCUACAUAG